CAGCUAUAAGAUAAGUUGUAACUUAAAGUCAUAACGUCUCAAUAACCAGAAAGCAUGAAUCUGAAUAAAGCGAAUAUUGUUAAUAGUUAAGGUCUUAGUUGUACCACCCCUUUUAAUCUCCCCCCCCCUCCUCAAGCGUGUCGCCAUUCCCUCGCCUAAUCAAGCAGCCCCUCCUCACCUUGCUCAAUCCCCCCCUCUCCCCUCUCUCUCGCACCGAAAACUCCCAGAUAACUCCCAGAUAUUUGUCAAUCGUUUAAACUCUCAUGGUGCCAGUCUGAGAGAAGAAUAUAAAUAUUUCCAGCGCCCUAUAGUUACGGAUACUGUGCCGUGUUAAUAGGCUAGUCACUAGCGUCCCGGGAGUUGACUAGGUUGUUUUUUUUCUCUUUUUCUUGAGUGUGUCAUUCUGCAAAGGACUAAAUAAUCUGGAUUAAGCUGUCUAAAUAAUCUUCUUAAAUCUUCUUGCCACUUAGCACUGGUGAGAGCAGGCUCAAUGUUUAUGGUUCUGUUCACGACAUUAGUCUGCUUUAUUCAAUAAAGCGAACUCGUUUGUGAUAACGGAAGUGACGAAUUCAUCCUGAAACCAUCAUGGAGGAUCUAGAUCAAGGACCAGUGAGAUCACAAUGGGGGAAGCAGAUCGAGUUCGUCUUGACGAUGAUUGGCUACGCUGUUGGCCUUGGCAACGUUUGGAGAUUCCCGUAUUUGUGUUUUAAAAAUGGCGGAGGCGCCUUCCUGAUACCAUACACCUUGUCUCUUAUCUUUCUGGGGAUUCCCCUGUUUGCCUUGGAGUGCGCCUUUGGUCAGUAUGGAGGUAAAGGACCUCUCAGCAUCUGGUCCAUCAACCCGACUUUCAAAGGACUUGGCGUUUCCAUGGUGGUCGCUUCCGUUUUUGUCUUCAUUUACUAUGACGUCAUCAUUGCUUGGGGACUACGUUUUCUGGUGGCGUCCUUUACCUCUGACCUGCCGUGGAUCAAAUGCCACGACUGCUCGUGUCUGCUCUACGACGCCAAGAAUCUCACGGAGGAAAUAGUGGAAGGACUCAAGUACAACAACUCGAUCGGACAAAACUGCACUGAUUUGUCUCUCAACAGUACAGCUGACUCCCCCAGUGAGUUAUAUUACUACAAGGAGAUCCUCCAUGACUCUGGCAGCAUCGAAGAAAGCGGCGACGUCCUUUGGCCUCUGCUUCUGUGCAACCUGUUCGCCUUCCUGGUCAUCUUCCUGGUGCUGUUGAAGGGCAUUGAGACUCUUGGCAAGGUUGUCUACUUCACUGCCACUUUCCCCUACGUCCUGCUGACUAUCCUGCUGAUCAGAUGCGCCAUGCUGGAUGGAGCGUAUGAUGGGGUCUUGUACUACUUGACCCCCAAAUGGGAUCGUUUAUCAGACGCUACAGCGUGGAGUGAUGCUGCUGUCCAGAUUUUUUUCUCUUUGAGCUGUUGUAUGGGUGGCCUGGUUGCCAUGUCAAGUUAUAAUAAAUUUAACAACAACAUUAUAAGAGAUGCCUUCGUGGUACCCAUAGUGAACUGUAUGACAAGUUUCUAUGCCGGGUUCGUGGUGUUCUCAACGCUGGGCUACAUGGCGAAAAUCAAAGGAGUGCCCAUUGAAAAAGUCACAGCUGGAGGUCCAGGUCUGGCGUUCAUAGUCUACCCAGAGGCUAUUGGCAGUAUGCCUGUCUCCACAUUAUGGGCCAUUCUGUUUUUUUUCAUGUUAUGCAUUCUUGGUUUCAGUACACAGUUCUCCGCCGCUGAGACCAUCAUGACGUCUAUCAUUGACGAGUUCCCCAAGUUUUUCAACACCAGAAAGAGGCAGACGAUCUUUCGAAUCGCCGUCUGCAUGAUGGGGUUCAUUCUGGGUAUCCCUAUGGUGACGCAAGGCGGCUCGCAUCUCUUGAAUCUCGUGGACGAGGCGGUGCUGGGGUUUCCCUUGCUGCUGAUUGGCUUGUUUGAAUACAUCGUCAUCAUUUAUUUAUAUGGAUUCAACAAAUUUUCUCAAGACAUCAACGCUAUGCUGGGACGUAACCCAUUCAUAUAUUUCAAAGCCACAUGGAUAGUCAUCUCCCCUGUUCUACUGUUGGCUGUGGUGGUGUUCAAGGCGUAUCAAAUGGAGGACUUCCACCCUGGAUGGGUGGGGCUGCUCUACUAUCUGAUCGUGGUGUUCACCAUGAUGUGGGUGCCGAUUCUUUACUUCCACUACUCUCUGAAGCAUGGACUGUGGGAUAUCAUGAAACCGAAACAAAGUUGGAUCAACAGAAGAAAAUUGUCUGAGCUUAACAAAGAAGACAAAACCUCGGAGGUCAACGACAAGAACACAUUGUUCAUUAAUGAAGCCCCCGGCGACAAAGACAAGCUCUCUUACGUCAACACAGCAUUUGAUGACGACAUCAGCAAACCUCAUGAUCUCAAAGAUGCGGAGAUGGGCAACGGGAACGUAACCGGAAACGGAAGCUUGGCCAAGUCGGCAGACGACAGAAAAGACAGUGCAAACGAGUAUAGUCGUUUGUAGCAAAGAUCGAACACUGAGUACAAAUUAAGUAAGGCAAUAAAUCAAUAUAAUAAACAAAAUGAGGCUAUUUAUAGUGGCUAGAUCAUAACGAUAAAGAGAAUAAAUCUCAACAGCUUUAUAUCUUUUAUCGAGCUAGCAUACAGUGAUAAUAUUGAAUGUUAUUGUCAUGUUUAUUGAACCACUGGUCUAAUGUAUAUACAUGUACAUCGGUUACACAUAGUGAUAUAUUUUAUAAUGAUUCUCCUUAAGUUGUUGUAUUAUGCAAAGCAACAAUUUUAUUAACGCAAAAAAAGAAGUAAUUAAAGCCUUAUAAUCUCUCGUAUUACAUGUUGAAUGAACUAAAUAGCUUCUUGAUAUAUAGUUAGAUUAAAAAGAAUCAAUGGAAGACGAUAUCAAAGACUACAUUGAAUUACAAUGGUCGUACAGAAAAUACGUAAUUUAACAGCCUAUUCUAUUAGAUACAUAUUCACUAAAUAACUUUAAUUUUUUUUUUUAAUUUAUGUGUUUCCCAACCUUUUUCCUUAGCGGAACACUUCACACUGUAGUUGGCACAUUCUCAGUAUUUAACGGAACAUUUUGUUUAUUUUUAGAGAGAUUAAUGUGCGUGAUGGCCUUUACAGUUAUUUAAUCUAGCAGUUCGUUGAACGCCUGUCAGACCUCGCGGAACACAGGGGUUCUCUGGGACACAGUUUCUGAAAGACUGACUUACGGUAUUCUUUUAAUUUGGGACUCUAAUCUACAUGGUUACGUAAAAGACGAUAGAUUAAUGCUGUUUUCUUCACUCAGAUAUGGCAUGGAAUCCAUGUCUUCCUUCAUUAAUAUAUGGGAUGGUGGCGCUAAAUGGUAUAAAAUAGUUUUAUCUUUUUUGAAUAUUUCAUGCUUCUCCUAUUAGAAUUUAAAAACUCGAUCUAAAUAUUAAAUUUUACGAAACGAACUUUUCGUUUUCUUUAAAUGACAUUCUGUAACCCACUAAAUAUAAGUCACUUCCGUUGAGGUCACAUAAGUCUCUCUCUCUAUAUAUAAUGAUUUGUUCAUAUUAUGAAAUGAUAUGGUUUGUUUGGUACAUAGAAUUUUAAUUGCAUAUUUUUAUAUUUGGAAGCUGUGGUUUUCAUAAAUAUGUAUAUAUUUUUUUUUUAUUUCAUAAUUUUCAGUAUAGCCGAAAGAAAUGCCAAGAAUUAUUUUUUAUUUUUUUUAUUUUAGAAAUUAAAUUUGUUGUUGUUUUAAAUUAGAUCUAGUGAAAUUGGUUGUUAUAUGUCCAUGUAUUUCAUCUUUUUUAUUGUGAACUUUAAUACUGCCAAUGUAUGAGACGUAACUGGUAUUUUUAUCAUGUAAAUAAUUUUUCCAGAGUUAUAGAACUUUGUUAUGCAGAAAAGCAUUCUAGAUGUAGGUCAAGGGUGUGCACGCAAUGGAAGUCAAAGGUCACCUCGAUGUGCUUUUGAACGCAUUUGUGGAGCACACUCUUUGGCGAUUUUCUUUUUCUUCAGUAUUUUUUAAAAUAUAUAUUGUGCGUUUGAAAUGCUCUACAACUCUGUCUUUCGUACCUAUUGUACUACCAAAGACGAUACUGGAAUCAUUCCCAAUGUUGAAAAAUACAUUUAAUCAGCUUUGAUGCAGCAAUCUUUUCUGACAGAUUUUUUUCUUAGCACAAUGGACCUCAUUUACCAAUCGUAACAAUCACCAUUUUGCCACGUGGUUCUCUAUAUCUUCUAUGCAAAUUACGCAACCCAUAAAUGCUGUCACGUGAUACACAAUUCCCAUUGUUAUGUCAAUAUGAUCACGUGGCUAAAUGUUUGCUUACGAUUGGUGAAUGGGGGUCCAUUAAAUGCAUAAGUCACGUCCAUGUAUUCUAAUGCGUUUUAACGUCGGGUCAAACUUCAUGCACAUCUUGGUGGAAUGUAUUAUUUUGUCUACUUCUAGGGAAUUGUGAAAUGUCGAGAAAUCCUCAUUGAAACUCAAAACAAGCUAAUAUUCAACAUGUUUUCCACCAUUUGUAAAACAAUUAAAAAAACAACAACCACGAGAUAUGAGAAAAUAUGGACAGCAGCGGAAAUAGAAAUAUAUUACACAUCUAUAUAUCAGUAAAGAGAAAUAAAAUUAAACUUUGACAAUAUCAAAACAAAGUAGCCUAUAUUUUAAGUUCUACAGUGUUUGGGUUCAAAUCUUAGUGUAGAAAUUAUGUCCGUUAAAAGUUUAUUUUUUGAUUGUCUGAAUUCCUUUACGUUUCUACACUGUAAGGAAAUUUUUUGCCGCGUUUUUUACUGUCCGUCCAAACAAAUUAUUCGAUGGUCACCUAUGACGUGGUGUGAUCACCUGUGAUUUUUUUUUCCUGGCACCAGUUGUCACAACUUAGCCCGUGUGGGUCAUUUUUUAAAAAUUAAACCGUUUAAUACACCUCCUACUUUCAACGAUCACGCAUGUAAUAGAGUUGAAUUUUGAAACAUAGGUCAGUGCAGUUGCUAUGUGAAGUCACAAUUUAAAAAAAAAAAACGCAAACUCAUCGAUGUAGUAAUUUUUUAAAAAAAUAUGAAAUGUAAGAGUUAAACUUUUGCAUAAAAUCUGAUUAAAUAUAAGUUUUUUUUUCUUUUCUUUA